CGUGUGGGUGGAGGAGCACAUUCUAGGGUAGUAGCGAGACGAGGAGGGAGGAGGAAGUGGAUCGGGGGCACUAUAAUCUGGUUUCGGAGACCAUGCUACGGCACAGGAGCGGAGGGUUUAUGGCGCUGCAUCAAUUUUCAUCGCCACUUUGGGAAGGAGACACUACCAGGAUUUUUUUAGAGCGGUACCGGGAGUUAUGAGGUGGAUUUACGGGAGGAGCUUGAGGAAACGGAGCCACAUCGGGAGCCUAGGGUUUUGAGUUCACGGGGUUUUGGAGGCACGAAUUUGAAUUUAAGAUGGUGAAGUUCUAGUUCCUAAGUUAUUCAAGUUUGAUAUGGACAAGGAAGUCAAGGAGGUCUUACAGUCCCAAGUUAUUGCAUUGAAAGAGGGAAAGAUGGAGGCAAGCCUGCAGUGUUUGUCCCCGUUGGUUCAGCCCGCACCUCGUUAUGAAUCCUCGUCUGACAGAGUUCAUUUACCAGCUACAAUGCAUUCAGUGAUGGCCGAGACCACAAACGAUGCAGAAGAUCGAUUUACAAGGCCCAGAUCGGCAUCUUUCGCAAGUUCAGUGCAGCCCAAGUCUGCAAAUAUAACAAGGACUGAACCUCCGAUUGAUAGGAAAACGAUCAGGCAUAUAGGUCGCUUUGAGGUCCGGAGAGGUAGGUUCGACAAUUGGGAUGACCAUGAUGGUGAAAAUUUGAGUUGGCUUAGUUCUACACGGGAUCUUCGAAAUUCAGAUGAGGCACGUAGGGGGAAGGAUGAUCGAGUUCUGGGAAGAAGCGAUGAUAUAGAUAGGAAGGAAGAAAGAGGACUGAGACGUCUGGACGAGAGAUCAGAACGAGAUGAAAUGCGUCGCGUUAGGAGUGAUGUGUUUGGUGAAGUAUCGUCAGUUCGUGGGCUCACCAUUAUGGAUGAGCAAGAACGAGACAGGGACAGAGAAUAUCGUCAAGAUGGAGGUAGCGGUGAAGGUGUCGGCCGCAUGAUGCAACGUAAGCCAUCCUUCAGCGGACCCAUGGCACAAUUCGGCAGUGGUAAGGGUUGGGGUGUGGGCGACAAGAAGUCAGAGUUAAGUAGAUUUGAAAGGUAUGGCACUGGGAACCGAGAUGGUUCCCGAGCAGAGUAUGAAGGCAAUAGUAGGGAUUUAGGUUUCCCCUAUGGAUGGCGUCGGGAAAGAAGUCAAUCAAGUGCUAUAGCAAGACACUCUAGUUUUACAUCAGGAAAUAGGAGUUUUGGAGAGCAUGGGGGUAAAGGCUCUUUGUCAGUAAGUUCUGGACAUGACUCUCCUUUCGUCACCGGUCUGUCUUCCAACCAGGAUUCUGAUCAUCCGUCUCCAUCUAAGCGUCCACGCCUUGGUUGGGGUCAAGGCUUGGCAAAAUAUGAGAAGAAAGUUGGAGAUACCGAAGAUGUGUCUCCUUCAGUCGUAAGAUUUGAUUCUAAAAAGGAUGGAGAUGGCGAAAUUCACUCGAACGCUGAAGAAGUUAAGAAGGGGAAUGUGUCACACGAAAAGCUCCCAGAGGCAACUCCUAGCGGGGUAAGUUCCUCAGACUUACAGAAACCGUGUCCUAUGGUAGGGAUUCAACCCGAGGAUGGGGAGGGCUUCAGUGAUGGCCUUGAGAAGCGAGAGAAGAACGAGAACAAGUCUUUUCUGUGGCGAGACCAUGUUAGGCGAGAGGAAAGUGGAGAAAAUUCAAACUCGUGCGCUUUGUUGGGAAUUAUUCCAAGAAUAGGAGAUGUAAAGAACCCUGUUGUGACUGAGGAAAUGCAAAGACUGGAACAAAUUCCUGCAUCACCUGUUCGGAUGAAGGAUUCUGCAAAUAGUACGGAGGAACAAAAAAACGAGAGUAAAUGUCCACUUUCUAAUGGUAUAGAAGAGCCAGAGUUGAACGGCCUUGAUCCUGUAUCACAUGUCUUAGUGGAAGACAGUGAGAGUAGAGAAAAAAAUGAUGAGGUGACAGCAUCAGAGCUGCAAGAAAGCGAGUCAUUGGGAAGGAAGAACCAAAGCCUUGUGCCAUCUGUCUCAAAGGUAGAGUGGGAUUUCAAGUGCUCUGCGCAUGCUAAAACAACUGAGGUUUUAGGGGAUAGUCACCAGACCGGUAUGUUAUUUACAGAGACGCUUCCUCGUUCUGUUGAUACUGUUAUACGUCCUUCCUGUUCUGAGUUGUCACUGACUUUAGUGCCUGUUAGAUUAAACAAAUCAUCAAUCUGUUCUGAAAAAGAUACUAUCAGCACAGUCGCUCUUAGCAGACGUACAGAUGGUGAAGAUGAAACGAUUUUAUCAAGAGAAUCUGUUCCGAUCCCUAUUCAAGAGAAGGCAAUUGAGUUAAUGCCUGAAUGUGUUGUACCCGAAUCAGUGAAUAUCGGUGAGAAGAUAAAAGUCGAAGGUGUGCUGGAAUUGGAGCCUGCUAGGAAACUAUCAAAAUCAAUGGACUUAGAUGAGGACGAGGACGUUAGAGGCGUGCCACUUGAAUCAGCUGAUUUGAACAUAGACGAGGGCGUCGUAGUAGUGUCGAGCAGAAGCUCGCCGUUGAGUGCUGUUUCAGAAAAAUCUAGUUAUUACGAGGAGCAGUCUGACUAUGAGGUGGCUACAGGUGGCAGUUCACUACAGGAGCAUAGUCUAUCGAUGGAAGAGUCUCUUAUGAUGGAGAACAAAGAGAAUGCUCGUUUGGCUGGAGCUUCCUUCUUACACCUUCUUCCAGAAAAUCUUAAAAGAGAACCCUACCAGCAGUUGUACGACUCUCCUACCGAAGCACUUGUUUGGCAACACAAUGUGGAAACUCAUAAGAAGAUAGAGGAUAUGUUGCUGAAGAAAAUUUCUGAGAAGCAUCACUUCCACAAAUUCAAAGAACGUAUUUUAACCUUAAGGUUUAUAGCUCUCAAGGAGGCAUGGAAGCAAGAACAAAAAGGUCUUUCUGGCUUAAGGAAUCGUCCCAAAUCAGUUAGCAGAUGGGAUAAUGAGGGACGUAGUAGUCAUGGACCUCCAAGUCAACGGUUUUCUUUGCGAUUGCGUCCUCCCAGUAUGAACAGGCUUGAUUCUGAAUCGGAUGCCGCGAAAGCGAUGAAGAAGUUGAUGAAAGAACCUCGGGUGGAAGCGCUACGUCCAGUUUUAAAAAUGCCAGCCAUGAUCUUGGAUGAGAAAGAGCGGGCUUCUCGUAGGUUUGUGAGUAGGAAUGCACUUGUGGAGGACCCUGUUACUGUGGAGAUGGAGCGUAAGACUCUCAAUCCGUGGACAGAAGUGGAGAAGAAGAUCUUUGUUGAAAAGUUUGCGCUUCACUACAAAAACUUCAAAGAGAUCGCCUCGCACCUACAGUAUAAGACCACAGCUGAUUGUAUCGAAUAUUACUACCGGAAUCAAAAAUCAGAAUCCUUCUCAAAGUCUAAGGAAGGUGGGCACUCAAAAUCUCUGGGCGACCGCACGAAACCAAGUACAUUUCUUACACCCACUGCGGUAGCGAUCAAGCGGAAUCUCAAAGCAAAUUGUGCUACAGUCGAGGCUUUGAACGUAGCCACUAUGAACAUGAAAGUGUCGCAGCUUAGUAGCCAAGUCUCAGAGCAUGCAAAGACUAUGACAUCUUCAAAUCAUUCUUUGUCGAUGCCGGCUGAUGCGAAGAUUCGAAAGUCGCAUUUGAAAGAAAGUAAGGUGCUUGAAGUGAUUCUUCCAUCUGGGACCUCAGUUGAGACAGUUACGUCUAGUUUAAUAAGUACUCCUUGCAGUGUUAGUUCUACUGCUGUUCCGUUAACAGAUGAGUGCAAAGAGAAAGGCUUUGUGAAGGAGAGAGUAGGAAGAGGGCCUUCGGCGACUAGGAGUUCUCACUCAGAGCAACAUCUUGCUGGACCGAAGAGUACACGGAGCACGUAUCUACGACGCAUGUCAUCGAAGGCAGCCACACAAGAGGGUUCACAAUGGACGGAUGAAGAGAGAGAACUUUUCACCAGUGCUGUGGCUACACAUGGGAAGGACUUCCGACUCAUUGCUGCGCAUGUCGGAUCAAAAAGUCAGAGCCAAUGUAAAUCGUUCUUUAGUAAGACCAGGAAACGACUUGGUCUUGAUGAAUUGGUGGAACAGUUCCAAGCUAAUGAAGCUGCAGCAAUGUUAGUGCAAAGUUUUAGACACGACGCGGAAUUGUUGCAAGAGGUGAAACAGAUCAGUACUGCUCAGACCCUGACAUGGCAGAAUGUGCAGAUGGACGCUUCCGCUGGGGUUGUGGGUCACUCUGUGGAUGAGCUCAGUGACACGGCAGCAGCUGUCAGCACUUUGGAGAGGCUCAAAGAGCAGUCAAAAUGUUUUGCAAAUGACAUGUCAGAUUUGAGCUUGGUUGCUGAUGCAGCAGCAGCAAUGGAAGAAAUGUCGCUUAUGAAGUCGGAAAGCCCAUCACGAGAUUUUUCAAAUAACAAGCAGCUGCUAGAAAUUGCGGAGCUUGCACAUGAGCAUUUAAAGGUUGAACCUUCGAAUAUUGCGGCGAUAAGGCAAGAAGGAGAGGACGACAGUGAAACUACCAAGUCAGAUGACAGCUGUCAGGUUGAUACUCAGGCUGAAAUUGACAUUGUCGUGGAUCAGGCAGCUGCUGCCUUGCUUGGAAUGUCCGAAACAUUAGUAGAUAAUUCGGGGUUGAAGAGAAGCAAGUCCGAGGCCAAGGUUGGUACUAGAACAUCGCCUGUCAGCGUAUUCUCUCGAUCACAAUCAGCCCGCUUAUCAACCUCAUCUCCUCCUUUACAUGCUGUAUUCGAGACAAACGUGUGUUUGACAUCUGGGAGAAACUCACGACAGGCAAAGGAGAGGGUUAACUCUACAACAUCAUGCAAACCGACCACCAGGGAUAGGCCUCAAGAUAUGCAGGAUGCUCAAAGUGGUAGAAAAGGAAAAGACACGGGAGGUGGAGAGCCAAAGCUUCGGAGGGAGCCUACUUCAUGGACGCAAGAGGAAAAGGAGAAGUUUGCUGUGAUUUUACAAGAACAUGGCAAAGAUUGGACAUUGCUGCACCAAAGUUUACCUUCAAAAUCGUUGACUCAGAUCAAGACAUAUUUCCAGAACUCUAAAGCUAGAUCUAGGUUGCCUGCUGUAGUCAAGCUUAUGAAUGUGGUUCGGAGGGACGGUGGAAGUCGUAAGCGCAAGGCUGAGGGGUACGAGUCAUCAAGGAAAGCUGCAGAAUUGGGACCACCUUUUAAACAAAAGGUCCGAGCCAAUGCGGCUUCUCAUGAGUUCGAUGAUACUACUCAGGAGGAGGAUAACUUAUUUCGAUCUGCGUCAGUUUCAGGAGGUACCGGUGUUGGGGUUGACAUCCUUGCGUAUGCAGCUCGCUUUGGUACUUAUCCAGGUCAACCUAUCAAUCAGGAUACUUUAAGUAUGAAUGGGAUGCAGCACUUAGCUCGUCCAAUGCCUACUUCAAACACUUACGUUCAGGAAAGUAAACAGGAUGGGCAUCAAGCCUUUCGAUCUGGAGCGAGACCCGUGUUACCAACACCAUUGGGGAUCCGUCCUCAUGUUGGGGAUGGUUUGCUACGCCAGCUUUCGAGUUCAGUUCCAUCCAAGGCAUGUAGUCCUGAUCUCCAGGUACUAUCUUCGAAUGUGGGACCGCAAGCUGAGCCACCAGCCGCAAUUCAUCAGGUUGCUCAGCAAGUGCAACAGAUGCUCGCACAGCAGCAGCACCUUCAGAAGCAACUGGCACUUCUUAUACAACAGCAAGCAGCUCUUCCGCAAGCACUGCUGCCGCAGCAUCAACAAGCAACGGAGCAAACACUGCAAAGUGCACGGCCCCUUGAAGAGAAGCUGCAACAAGUCGUUCAACAACUACAGCAGCAACAGGCUCUUGCACAGAGUCAGGAGGGGGAGAUUCAUAAUCACAUGCAUUUCCAGUAUCAACAGGCACCGCAUGGACGGGGAAUCUUGAAAGUGAAACCGAUUCGAGAAGCCAUUUCAAAUCCUUUUGCAGAUUUGGCAAUUUUACCAUCCCCUGAUGUUUUGCAAAAUCAGCACAUUUCUCGAAAUCAAGAAAUCCAAUUACAGCAGCAGGAUCACUCUUUGUCACUAGGGAUGAGAACAAUUCCCUCAACGGCCGGUGGUAGCACAGCUGGACUCCAUGAGAACCAUUCCAAGACACUUGAUCUACAGGAUAGUGAUACUGAUACUGAUACUGACUGUGAAGGUAUGGGGAGUAAGCAGAUGGUAGCGGAGGACUCACAUCAGCGGAUGAGUGUCGUACAUUCAAGUUCUUCUGGUCAACAGCAAGGUGCAGCUCAGAGUACCACUUCGACAUUAUCAAGUGAUUCUGAGCAAGUGAAAUCUUGGGAUGUGAAGUUAUUUGGUCAAUCUCUUCUAUCCAAGCCAACAGCAUUGCCCUCAACUAUGCCACGCAUAACAGGAAGCUCAAUACAAGAAUUUGUAAAGCCCAACAUAUCUUCUCCCGUGGCCACUGUGACAUACCCUGCUGGAUCCUUGUCAAAAGAGUUCAAGCCUUCUGAAUCUCUUCCUUCUGCAUUUGGGAGAGUUGGAGCUUCAUCAUCUGUUGCAGAAGGGCAGCCUACUUCGUGGGCAGGUAUGUCCUCCCUGCUAGAAAAGUUGGGAGUGUAUGGUGCGUGGAGUACAACAAGCAGCCUUCAGCUAUCUGAAGUGACCGAACUUUCAAGGAAAGAACCUGAUUCUGAAGGUACCCAAGAUGCUGUUACAUCUAUGCCUACGAUACCAGAUCGUCAGCAUACUGACAAUCAAGACCUGGUAUUGACAUCUGAGCAGGGUCCACAAAGGGAUGAUGGACACCAUGAUGGUGAGAGGGAGUUGAGCGCUUGUCAAUCGGAAACACGAGGCCGUGAAACUACAGUUGAAGAAACUCCGUUUCUCGGCAGAAUUCAGAACUGUUCAAGUGAAAAUGUAGUAAGCUUGGAUGCAGGUCAAUGUCAAAUCGGGUUGGAUUCAGCAUUGCCAGCAUCUCACAUGAAGUCGUUUCCUACAGUUUCUGCAGAACCUGGACAUUGGGGUGAGUGAUUUUUCCAGAUGAACUGUGAUCGGGUUAUUUCAAGAUUAGGUUCAGCCAGCACUGUUUGGGUUUGCAAAACAUGAAUGUUGCAAUGAAUUACCCAUUUAUUGCACAUUUCUUCGAUAAGCGCUGGUGACAAUCCUUUGUAAAAGGAGGCAAGGUUUCUCGAGCUGUGCUGAGAAUUCUCAUCACAAGCAGUCAGAAUGGUACGAAACUGGGCAUGUCUAUUGUUCAAGGAAGACGUAUUCAGGAUGCGCAUAUGGACAUCUGCAUGUAACGGAAUGAGCUCCCCAGGCAAUGUGGAUUGCAGUCGCAACUGCGGUGAAACUCUGAAUCCUUGUAUAGAAGUUCUUCAAGAUGACAAUGGAAGAAGUUUCAUCUAUGCAGUUGUCAAACCGAUCUGUAGAGUUCAGGUAAUGUCUGAUUACCUAUCCCUUUAAAGAACGGGAAAGUUGCAGACCAUAGGGCUUUCAGCCUUGUUAUUGAUAGCAUAGAGUGUUAGCGCAUUAAUUUCGUAGACGCACAAGAAUGCAGAUCUCCACUUUGUACAGGGCAACUACUCUUUGCCUUUGUAUUAUAUUUUUUAUAUUCCCAAAAAGCAUUCUCUACAAUGCCUCAGUGAAAAAAGUUGGCCGCUUUCUGAAAAAAGAA